CCCCCUCUUGCUCCAAUUCCCCAACCCCCCACCCCCCACCGGCGCCGCCGCACCGCACCUCGCCGCCGUCCGUCCUCCGAAGGGAAGGGAAGGGAAGGGAAGGAAAGGGGAGAUGAGGGAGAUCCUGCACAUCCAGGGCGGGCAGUGCGGGAACCAGAUCGGGGCCAAGUUCUGGGAGGUGGUGUGCGCGGAGCACGGGAUCGACCCCACCGGCCGCUACGCCGGCGACACCGACCUGCAGCUCGAGCGCGUCAACGUCUACUACAACGAGGCCUCCUGCGGCCGCUUCGUGCCGCGCGCCGUGCUCAUGGACCUCGAGCCGGGGACCAUGGACUCCGUCCGCUCCGGCCCCUACGGCGGCAUCUUCCGCCCCGACAACUUCGUCUUCGGCCAGUCCGGCGCCGGCAACAACUGGGCCAAGGGCCACUACACCGAGGGCGCCGAGCUCAUCGACUCCGUCCUCGACGUCGUCCGCAAGGAGGCCGAGAACUGCGACUGCCUCCAAGGUUUCCAGGUGUGCCACUCGCUGGGCGGCGGCACCGGGUCCGGCAUGGGCACGCUGCUCAUCUCCAAGAUCCGGGAGGAGUACCCGGACCGCAUGAUGCUCACCUUCUCCGUCUUCCCCUCGCCCAAGGUCUCCGACACCGUCGUCGAGCCCUACAACGCCACCCUCUCCGUGCACCAGCUCGUCGAGAACGCCGACGAGUGCAUGGUGCUCGACAACGAGGCGCUCUACGACAUCUGCUUCCGCACCCUCAAGCUCACCACCCCGAGCUUCGGCGACCUGAACCACCUCAUCUCGGCCACCAUGAGCGGGGUCACCUGCUGCCUGCGCUUCCCGGGGCAGCUCAACUCGGACCUGCGCAAGCUGGCCGUGAACCUCAUCCCGUUCCCGCGGCUGCACUUCUUCAUGGUGGGCUUCGCGCCGCUCACCUCGCGCGGCAGCCAGCAGUACCGCGCGCUCACCGUGCCGGAGCUCACCCAGCAGAUGUGGGACGCCAAGAACAUGAUGUGCGCGGCCGACCCGCGCCACGGGCGGUACCUGACGGCCUCGGCCAUGUUCCGGGGCAAGAUGAGCACCAAGGAGGUGGACGAGCAGAUGCUGAACGUGCAGAACAAGAACUCGAGCUACUUCGUGGAGUGGAUCCCCAACAACGUAAAGUCGACGGUGUGCGACAUCCCGCCCACGGGCCUCACGAUGGCCUCCACCUUCAUCGGCAACUCGACGUCCAUCCAGGAGAUGUUCCGGCGCGUGAGCGAGCAGUUCACGGCCAUGUUCCGGCGCAAGGCGUUCCUGCACUGGUACACGGGCGAGGGCAUGGACGAGAUGGAGUUCACCGAGGCCGAGAGCAACAUGAACGACCUCGUCUCCGAGUACCAGCAGUACCAGGACGCCACCGCCGACGAGGAGGGCGAGUACGAGGACGAGCUCGAGGACGACGACGCCGACCUCCAGGGCUAGAGAUCAACCAAGUACUACUGCGUACGAUUAUCGGUUCUUUUCUCAUGUUAAUUUGAUGAUUGCUUUAGGCUUGUGUAGUAGUGCUCUUCUGUCUUUCUUGGUGGGUGCUGUUGUUGAGGAGCAGAAAACUCAUGGAAGGGUGGUUGCUGAUGAGAUAGCUUGGUUGGUACUAUAACCUAUGGCACAAUUGCUGUGGAAUGUGCAAGCAGCAACGCCCUGUUGCGUUCUACUAGUGGUGUCCAGUGUCUUCACUAUCAUGUUCAAAUCUAAUGUAAUCUGAAGUUGCUCGUGUCUGAUUUCAGUUCA